AGUCAUUCACGGACAGAAGACCACCUGAAGCCCACCUCGCUGUAAGUUACGAACUCCGAAUCUGUCGACGUUUUUCUAGGAAAACACAAAACUGCCUCUCAGUUGGACGUGUGGAAGAUUUCACUCCUCAGUUUUAGGCUCUUUGACAAGAAAACAAGAGCUCUAUCUCCCUCUUGCCCUCUCUCUCUCUCUCUCUCUCUCUCUCUCUCUCUCUCUCUCUCUCUCGCUCUCUCUCUCAGUGUGAGUGAUGCGUCCUCCGCUCUCUGUGCUCUUCGCCUGGGCUGCCUGCGCGCUCCUGCUAUGUCUGGCGGCGCUGGCGGAUGGAUAUCCAACAAAACCGGACAAUCCGGGAGAGGACGCGCCUGCCGAGGAGCUGGCCAAGUAUUACUCCGCCCUCCGGCACUAUAUCAACCUCAUCACAAGGCAGAGGUAUGGGAAAAGGUCAAAUGCUGAUGCACUAACCUCGAAUCUGCUGUUUGGAGACACAGACACCCGACAGCAGUCAAGAUAUGAUGACCCGUUGAUGUGGUGAUGGCAGCCAGCGUCUGUAGCCAAACGUGUCUGUGCUCAUCUAGUCAACUUUUUCAGCGACAUCUGACCUCAUCAAAGAGUACCGCCAGCAGUCCAGCAUUGUUAAUAUGAUGAAUGUUUGCAACCAUUGCCACCUUCAGCAUGAACAAAAUGCUGAAGGAUGUCAGGGUAGAUUGUGUCAAGUAGACUGAUAAUAGUUUAGGUGAGAAAAAGCAAUGGGUCCAUUCAGGGCAUCUGUAAUGUUUUGGUUCUCUGAAUGCAUCCAUGUUGAGAAAUCUCAUUUACGUACAUCUAAGAUCAGUAAAGGGUCACUGAUUGCAUGCAGUCCCCCAAGCAUCCCCUCUGUACAUACACCUCCUGCAUUUAUGCCUAUUGCAUUUAUUGUAACCACGUUCAUAAAGAGAAAUCAUUACUCACUGUACAGUAUAAAUGUGCUAAUAAACCACUAUAUUUGAAA